AUGCGCGUCCGAAUCGACCGCCCCCUCCCCGCCAUCCGCAAACUGAAAUACUGGUCGACGACGCAGAUGUCAGCGGCGAACUCGUUCCCCACCUACCGAGCUCAAUUCCAGAUGCCCCGCUCCGCUCGGUUCCCCGAUCCAUACGCAGGUCCAGUCGGAGGCCCCGAGCUGUUCAAGUCCGGAGACGCCUCGCGAUACGGGUAUCAUACACCCGAGUACGAGCAUGUCGAUGAAGACCCCAGGAAUUGGCCUUAUAGUCUCCCAGGUGAACGGCCUAACCCUCGAUACGGCAACAAGGGAAACCCACCUAUCAAGGAUGGGAUGGAAGCGCUCAGUCCUUGGAGUACCGCUGAUCAAGGUCCGGAUGGGACGGAGAAAUGGGGGAGGUGGCCUGAGCCGGCCAAACCUAACCACGAAUCAACACAAAAGAGAUGCAUAAAGACCGGCGCCGUCAACGCCGUGUGCGUCGCUGAGCUGGCCUCAUCCCACAUCGUGCACCUGGCGUGCCCUACCCAAAUAGCCGUCGUCUCAUCCAAGCGAAUGAAGUUCCUUCCUCGGCAGUGUUGUUCUGGCAUUUUCAUCCUUCUUUCAACCCUCGUCUUCCAGCACGUCGCACUCGGAGCGCCGCUCUCAAUAUCUCAGGAGCAUGAAUUGAGCGCACGAUGGUCCAACGUCGACGUCGCCCCACUCAAGCGCAAACCGCCCACCUGGAUGUCAACUGCGCUAGAAACAGCCCGAAAGGACAGGGAUCUCACCAUCCAGGAGCUCGCUGAUAUCAUUGGAAUCGCACCAGAAGAGAUUGAGAGAUAUGAAGCAGCGAUUGAGUACCCAGCCUCGCAUAUUCUUUCCAAGCUUCAGCGUAUUUUGGGCGGGUUGGAAUACCCAGUUGGGAAGGUCUUGGCAGGAGUGAGGUUGAAAUUGCAUUGGGAUAGUCAGGACUUUACGAGGAUAGAACUAGGUGACAAUAAUUGGAGUGCCGAGCUGCACGUACACGCGCGCGAACAGACUCAUACCAUCGAUUACUACCACUUGCUCCACAUUUACGAGGGCUCUCCUCGACGCUUCAGCUUCGCAAGAGCUUCGCUACUUCCACUUCACCCAAAGCGACACGACGCUCUCGAGAUGGCCACCUCACAAUCCUUCGACCUCAACACCCCUGAAGGUGUACAAAGCUAUCUCCGUUCUCCCGAGUCUUUCUUGGCGAGUCUCCCAGACUUCGAAGGGAGACUAGAUAGCCUAGUUGUGACUAGGGUGUCCGGAGGACUCGCUAAUCACACUUAUCGCGUUUCCUUGGACCCAGGAUCUUCGAUGGAUGGGAAUGUGCCUUCCCUCAUCUUGAAGUACUCGCCUCCUACCAUCGCUCUCAACCCUGACCAUCCACUGACGACAAAACGCGGGUUCUUUGAAUACUCUGCGCUCGCCAACGUCCCAAACAUCCAAACAUCCUCCCCUUGCCGCGUCCACACCCCAUCAACCAUCCACUACGACGAAGCCGCUCACCUCCUCGCAAUAUCAGACGCAGGACCACAUUCCCAAACUCUAAAGCAGCACCUCCUCGACAAUGCAGACCUCAACUACUCCCAAAUCGGACAAAGCCUUGGAGAAUGGCUCGCGGAACUCCACCAAUGGGGCCAAACCGACGCAGCGGCUCCCCUCCGCUCCAUCCUCUCCCAAAACCUCGAAAUGGCUGACGUAGGACUUCAGUACACCUUCGCUGGCCUCGUACCGGAGGACGACCCCCUCUGGAGCGCCGUCCGCUCUCACGUCGAAUCACUCCGCAAGUCUGACGAUAAUACAGGUGGAUUCGUCGUCCACGGUGAUUUCUGGACUGGGAACGUCCUCGUCUCCACCGAGAACGACUCUGCCGAGGGAGACGUCGAUCUCAAAUUAACUGUGUUGGACUGGGAAGCGUCCAAUUGUCGAAACCUCCCAUGGAACGACAUCGGGCAGAUGUGUUCCGAGAUGUACGAACCGACGUUCUUCGGACACGCAGGGGAGAAAGGAACGCAACUGGUAUCGGUAUUCGUGAAGGGGUAUUUGUCCAAGCGAAAGCUCUCGAAGGAGGAGGCGAGGCUCGCGAUUGUGCGGUUUGGAGUACACCUGUUCGUUUGGCCAGCGUGGUCGGGAUGGGGAAAUGAGGAGAGCGUGGCAAGGUGCAAGGAACUGGGGAGGGAGUACGUUGAGAGGGCGUGGAAUUACGAUUGGAAGUGGUUGAAGGGUAGCGUUUUGGGAGAUUUGGUGGAUGAAUCGUUUGAUUAG